AUUCAAAGUUGGGUAUACGGGGGUAGGUACAUUCAAAGUUUAUAGAGCUCCUCUAGUAUAUUUGGGUACAUUUGCACCGCCCUGGUGGAGCUGGGUGCACGGAGGUCGGUGGGUUUGCACCGUUCGGCAGAGCUGGAUGCACGGGGGUCGGGACAUUUGCACCACUCAACUCUGCACGCUGUGUACAUGGAGGUCGGUGCUUUUGCACCGAUCGGCAGAGCUGGGUUCAUAGGGGUCGGUGUGUUUGCACCGCUCGGGAGAGCUGGGUACAUUGAGGUCGGUGGGUUGGCACUACUAUGGCAGAGCUGGGUGCAUGGAGGUCGAUGUGUUUGCACCACCCCGGCAGAGCUGGGUACAUGGAGGUCGGUGCAUUGGCGGAGCUGGAUGUGUGCAGCAGGUUGGACGCCAGCGCCGGCUGCUCUGACACUGGGCUGAUGAAUAAUAUACGUGGUGGCGCCGCGGGCAUUGUUGCGCCUGGAGAAUGCGCUAGUGGCAGUUUGUGGCGGGACCUCCACCUUCUGGGAGCGGGAGGCAGGACAUCGCCGUUUUCACCUAAGACGGGAGGCAGGGAAAACAUGAAGCACUUGUUGAAUGAGUUUAAAGGCUUGUACGAGGGAAAAUUGAGACACUUGGGGAAUAAAGAUGAAAGCAAAGACACUCUAAAGAUGAAAGUCACGAUUCUUCAGUCUUAUGUUAAUGACCUUGGUGAUCAGAAUGAAGCCUUGAUUCAGAUGAUUGAAGAACUUGAAAAAUUAGCGAAUGAAAAGAUUUCAAAUCUGGAUAACAGACUGCAGAAAGCUGACCAACUAUUAAAUGAACAAAAAUUAAAAUGGGAACUGUCGAAAGAAGAAACUGAUCGUUUACGUCGUGAAAACCUGAACGUAAAAAUUGAUCUUCAUACCCUGGUUGGUGCUAUCCAGCAAUCUGAAAAAAAUGAAAAAUUUGAUACUGAAGUUCAGGAGAAUAGGGUUAACGGUCCUGAAACAGAACACGAAAUAGACAAGAGUGAAGCACAUCGGACAGCAUUGCAAGAGCGGAAUGAAGCAGAUGUUGACCACAAGUCAUUUCAGCAAGAACAACAUAAGGUUCAAAACAAGACACUGAAAGAUCAAAUGAAGCAAAUUCAACAGCAAUACAGUGAAACGGUGGAGGAGAAUGGACGUUUGCAAGCCCGACUUGAAGCUUGGAUGAUCACUGCACAGAGUGAACAUGAGAUACUUUCAAAAGAGGUGUUUUGUAAGGAAGACAUUCUCCAUAAACUACGAAUGAAGCAAUUAAGUCAAGAUGAAAAAUACAAUGCAGCACAAGAAAAGAUCCAGCAUCAAGAAAAGUUGCUAAAACAACUGCAUCAGAAGUAUUUGACUGCAGUUAAUGUAGUUGAAAAUCAACAACAGAUGAUUCAGUCUCUGGAACAGGAACUUCAAACUGCCAUGAUUGCUGAAAAAGAAAUGGCUACUGGGGUGGCUGAGUGUGAAGGAACGAUUAAACAUUUGGAAAUGGAAUUAUCUUCAUUACAUUCAGCACAAAAAUUGGACAAUAGGACCAUUAACCAGAAGAAGCAGAUUAUUCAUGAGAUGCAGCAGGAAAGUAAUUCAUGGACGCAGAAAUUGAAAGAUGCCCUUUGCAAGAUUCACCAAAAAGAAAACAAAUUAGGUGCUCUGGAAGAAGAGCUGAUGGAGGCCAAAAAGCAAUAUUCUGUCUGCUAUGAAAAGUUCCUCCAUGGAGAAAAAAUCACGCAGCAGUUAAAAGAAGAAACUGUUGAGCUGACAGACCAAAUAAAACAGCAUUCCCAAGAUAUCAACGUGCUCAGUGCUGAGAAGCAGAAAAUAGAACUGGAGGUGACAGUAAUUACUGAAAAGUAUAGAACUGCUCAACAUGAGGUGGGCAAGCAAGACCAGAUUAUUCUAAAACUGAAGACUGAUUUGGAAACGGCACAGGCAAAAUAUGAAGGAGCAGAGGAAGAGAUUGGCGAUGAAAGAGCUGAGGUCAGCAGACUUAAUAAAGAAUUAAAAGAUCUGCAGCAAGAAACAUGCAAACUAAGGAACAUUAAAAAUGUACAACAAGACCAGCUGAAUAUGGCUGGAACAUCUAUUCAGGAAUUUGAACAUGAACGAAAAAUGCUCCUGGAAGAGAUCCAAACAAUAAAAAAGAAAAUGAUAAAAUUGCACAAUGAUUUGGAUGUCACAGAGCAAACAUACAAUGUUGACUUCCAACGGUGGUCACAGAAAAACACUUUGCUGCAAGAUUCUUUAGAUGCAACAAUUGCUGAGUUUCAGGAUGCUGUUUGCAAAAUGCAAGAGUACAAAACUAUUGGAAUAAACCUCAAAGAAGAUUUGGAAAAACAACUGCAUCUUCAACAUGAAACCACAAGAUUAGUUGAAAAGCAUGAAGACACCAUCCAAAAACAGAAAUAUGAGCAGAUGCAUUUAAAAGAGCAAAUUGACUAUCUGCAGAAUAAAGUUACAGAAAGUCACAAUCAGGCAAUUGUUUCUGAAUCUACAGCAGAUCUAUACAAACAGAAAUAUCAAGCUAGCACUGAUAGAAUACAUGACCUAGAGAAUCAUGUGAGAAAUCUCGAAGAAAAAUCAAAUCGUCAGGUAUUUGAAGCAAAUCAAGCUAUUUGUAAUUUAAAAGCUGAUAUAGUGACUUUGCAACGUCAAUAUGAAGAAAAAUGCAGCCAAAUGGAAACUCGCGAAGAAAUGAUUGAUCAGCUGUCAGAACGAUUGAAUGGAUGUCAAAUGGACCUACAGAGCAACAAGGACCACAUUCAGCAGUGCGAAGAAUUAAUCCAGAGGUUAAAUGAUGAGGCCCACAAGAUGCAAAUGGAGAUUGCAGAACAAGAUGAAGUAAUUCUACAACUCCAGUCAGGCUUAGCAGAGUAUCAAAUCAAUCAUGGUCAUUCAAAUGAAGAAUAUGUUGGACAAGUUGCACAUGUUGAUUACUUGGAGAAGGAACUUGAGUCGGUAAAAAAUGUCUGUAAUGAAAAAAUCAAUAGACUCGGAGAAUGUGAACGAACCAUACUCGAUCUCAGAGCAGAAAUAACUAAAUCUGAAGAUGAACGAAAGAAAUGUGUACUUGAAGUGGAGAAACUUGACAAAGCCUCGAAAACCCUUCAACUGAAUGCAGCAGGCUCUGAAAAUAAACACAACCUGGAACUUGAACAAAUAUUAAAGCAAAUUACCCAACUUGAAAAUGACCUUGCAGAUUCUCAGAAAAGCUGCAAUCAAACGGAUCAGGCAAUAUGGAAAAGAGAUCAACUCCUACAGAAAUUAGAGGCCGAACUCCAGGAAUCCAAGGAACAUAUCAAAGAGAAAAUGUCUGAGAUGAAAGAUUUGGACAGCGUAGUGGCAGACCUGCAAGUAGAGCUACAGGAUUUGCAGACUCACAAGAUUCAGACUGAAAGAGAAAAUACAGCACUAAGAACUGAUGUUCAGCAGUUGAACCAGGAGCUACACACUUUCCAUCAACAAUACAGAGAGAAGGCUCAAGAGCUUGCAAAUCGGGAAGAGAAAAUGGUUUUAGUGGAGUCCAACUUGCUAGCUAUGGAGAAGCAGCUAAAUAACAAAAUAUCUGAGGUAAUUCAUCAAGAGCAAAAGCAACAACAAUUGCAUAUGCAAAUAAAAAUGCUGAAAGAACAUCUUGAAACUAAAGAGGAUGAGAUGAACAAAUACAAGCAAGAAAAAGAGGAGUUGAGAAAUGAAUUGAAUUUGGCAAAACAACAUCAGGAAAUCCUAAUCCACCAUCAAGACAGCCAAAAGACAGAGAUAGAACUAGGAAAUGCCAAGGAUCAGAUCCAAGCACUGCAGCAACAGGUUCAACACCAAAAUGAUCUGAUAAGGUAUUUACGGGAUGAGCUUAAUGAGGAACAAAACAAAUAUCAGGAGCAACAAAAGGAACUGGUUAAAUUAAACCACCGUAAAUCUGAAUUGGAGGCAGAGGUGGAUAACCUCAGAAUCAAGAAACAAAGUGAAAUACAGAUGAUGAAGGUGGAAGAGAUCUCAUAUCUGCAAAACAAAUAUUAUAGUAUCUGCAAGGAGCUAAUGAUAGUAAAGUCUCAAGUCAAAGAUCUUCAGUUAAAGUUGGCAACAGAGAAGGAAAAGACAUGGAGCCAUAAUGAAGAGACGGAUCCAUCCAUGAUUGCAGAUAUAUCCAAGAUGGUCAGUAUUUCUCAAAUCACCUCCUUUGGAAUUUGCAGACUUCUGUUCUCAAGAUCCAUCAUUGUUAAUAAACCCGCUGAUUAUGGCGGUGCCAUUGUUGAAGGCAAUGCCACCUGCACAGAGAUUGCAAAUGCUAUUUUGGGUAGAAAGAUCCACGAACAGAACCAACUUGUCUCACGCCUAACUGUCGAUAAUAUUUGUUUAAAGGAAACCAUUGAAAAUUUGAAUCAAGAAUUGAAGAAGGUGAAAAAUGAGCUGGAAGAAAGGAAAAAUGAAACAGAACAAAUAAGGGCAACACGGAAUAAUUCUGCCAGGCAGCAAAUAAUGCUCAAUCAACUCAGAAGUUGUCAGGAAGAUCAAGAGCAUGAGCAGGAGAACCUCAAAGCAGAAAAACUUGCAGCUAUUGAAGAUAUGCACGGCAGAUUGAAAUCCAGCAUUGAGUCCAUAGAACUGCUGCACCAACAGCUGCAUACACUCGAUGGAGAAUACCUGAAGCAAUCGAGGCAGCUGAAAAAGGAACAGACCCACCGUCAUAGGUUGGAAUUGCGGUCGGAAACCUGUGGUCAGACCAUCUUAUCCCACGGGGCCGAGUUGAAGAAUCAAAGAUUACCUGGGAGUGAUGGACAAGCAUCCCAAGAACCCUUUGUUCACAUCAAAAUCAUGCAGUGGACUUAUAGAGAAGAUAACAUGGCUGCUGCCAAGGACCUAGGUGGCUUCAGCCAUGCUGAUAGAAAGUUUCAGAAACUGCUGUGGAGACCUUGAACAAAUUACGCACACUGUUGGAGCUCCUUGCGGUAAAUGGAUGUGAAUCUGAAUAAAUCUUGCAACGGAUUUUGCUGGGAGUCGGAUGCCAUUUUCCACAUAUACUUUGCACUUGGUAACAUGAUAAAUGGAUUUGAACAUUCACUAGCUGGAAGAAAUUAUCUAAUUGCUCAAAUGUAAUUGAGUUAUGUCAGCUAUUCAUCAUAGGAAGAAGCCCCUUUGCAUUGCUCACAGUAUAUUAAAGCAUACACUAUUUUAAAACUACAAGAAGUUUUGAAGCAUUUGACACAAAAUCUUACAGGCUGUUUAUGUAAAUUUUGCAUAAACUAUCUGUACCUUUAAGACACAGGUUCGAACUAAGGUCAGGUAAGGGUUUGUUAUUUGCUAUCGAUACUUGAGUGAAUUUAAAAGUUGAUAAUUCAUCAACAGGAAAUGACUGGCUAUCUUCAUUUUUAAUAACUUUUUUUUACGACACAUUGGUUUUCCAUAAGUAUACUUACAGGAAGUGUAGCCUUAAAGUAAAGUAAGGUUGGAAUCAGCGUGUGUAGACAUAAUUCACCUCCCUAUUCCAAUUGGUUAUUCUAACUUAAUUUUUAUGAUGCUUUGUUUUGUGAUUUACAGUUAAAAAGCAAAUGUCAUUUUUGAAGCAAAUUAAAACUGAUGGUAGAUUAGACUCUGUAUGGUUGGAUAAUUUGAUAAACACACAACCGAGUGAUGCAGAAACAGCAUCACAGUCACUACCAAAAUAGAUUCUCUAUAUUUCCACUAUAAUGUACCACAAAUAGAAUCAAAGUGCAGGAGCAACUAAGUCUGCAAAGAAGGCAUCAGAAGGCUGCAGUCUUACAUUGGAAGUUUGCAUUCUAAAAUAAAUGGAGAAAAGUGAAUGAAGAUAUAACUCCAUUGAAAAAAUAAUAUUAGAUUAAAUAAUUUGCAAGGAUAUGAUUUCUUCUUAUUUGCCAAAUAACUGAUUUCUAUAAAAUUGUCUGGCUUGUAUAAAAACAAAAAAUGUUUGAGUGAAAACAAACUUCAAGAUGAAUCCUCCCAGAACAUUGCUCUCCACUCGAAGAUUAGGAACUCACACCAGCAGUGCUGUCAGAAAAUCUGGUUUAUAAUGUAAAGCCACAAAGCACUGACCCAUUGGACAUUUUGGACUUUUAAUUACCUAGAAAUUACAUCAUAGAAGCCAGCCAUCGAAAGAUGUUCCACACAAAUUCCAUCUCUCCAUAUCACCCAAUCCUUUCAACCUCAUGUACUUAAGUAUCUUUCAUUUGUAUUAUUUAUGUUAUUCGACAUGACUGACUGUUUAAUGAAAAAGUGGAUUACAGAUUCUCAAUUUUAAGUACAGUUUGCUUAUGGUGAAACUGUAUGUGUACAAAAAUUAUGUAUCAACUAAUUGUUAAAAGAAGCUGACAUUUUGGGGUCUCUGAGCCAAUUAUGUUAUUUGUUAUAAAAUAUUUAAUCAAUUUAUUGAUUGUCUAACGCAUCUUUUUUUAAAGAUCUCUAUUACGAUGCCAUAAUGCCAACCUUGUUAUUUUCUUUAAUUUUGAUGACAGAACAUUUUUUACAUUGUAGAUUUAGAUCUAUUUAAUUUUGACCAUGGUAAGAUUUAUUUUGCUACCAAAGGAGUUAGGAUUAUUUAACUAAUAAUAUUUUCAGUAUUUGAAGUGUACUGUAUUUGAUGAAAAAUGUAAUCCCUUUCUCUGGCAAUAUUCGAUUCCCAUUUGCUUUGUCAGUUGUCAGGAGAAAUGUAAAAUGAUCACGUGUUUGUCAGUGCUAGUUAUUUGACCCUAUUCCUGAGUUGAGAUUUAUAGACAACUCCAUCACCUAGACAAUAUAUUUCAACAAAGUCUGCAUAUAAUAUUUUGUUUCACCUUAGAAUAAUUGUGGUAUCAGGUUGUGUUAUGUAUGUUUUUACAUAUGUUGCUGACUCAAGAGUAACGUUACAUUAUUAAAAUUGAUGAGAGUUGAUUAAGCUGAGGAAAAUAAGAAAAUCUUAUUGUUCAAAGAAUUACAUUAUUUUCAGAACUCUGCAAUAUUGCAUAGAGUAGCAAAAAUCCAGUCAGCUUCUGAUGGUGCCCGAUAAUGCUAUACAUUACAAGCCCAACAGAUUACACCAUUAACCAAUUUUCUGAAAGGAUUGUUUUUACAGAUAUCCUGUCUUUUGUCAGAGACACAUUAAAAAUGAUUAAUAGACAAUGCUGAAAACGACGAAACUUGAUUUGUGGCAUGAUACUUUAUUUUAUUGAUGUGGUUACUUUCCAAAUAAAAUAAUUUAAACCAA